AUGGAAGCUAUGAAAAAGAGAAUGACUAAUACCCAUUCUCCUAAACCAGAAUCUCCUAAACUACCAACUUCUCCCGAUCCAGAUAAUUUAGAAGGAUUAUCACCAGAAUUAAUACCUAUUGUCACACUUUUAUCAUCUCAAGCUCAUCGUCGAUAUAAUGAAGGGAUUUUUAUGCUUUAUUAUGAUUUAAAUGGUGAUGGGAAACCUGCUGAUCGUGAAUGGAGAGAAGUUUAUGGUAUUUUAACUGGUAAUCAAUUGGCAUAUUGGGAUGCAGCAAAUUUGGCUCAAUUUAAAAAUAAUCCUAAUGCAUUAUUAGAAACUUCUUCUAAACCAAAUUAUAUAAAUUUUACUGAUUCAGUUUAUAAUGCCAUGAAAACAUUACCAGCUGCUAAACAAAAUUUAGAUAAUGUAAUUAUUGUUUCAACAACUUUGAAAAAUAGAUAUUUAUUACAAUUUAAAUCUUAUAAAGAUUUAACAAUUUGGUAUUCAGCAUUAAGAUUAUCAAAUUUUGAAUAUUCAUCAUUACAAGAAGCUUAUACUGGGGCAUUAUUAUCAGCAAGAGGUUCAAGAUUAUCUGAUAUAAGAACUAUUUUAGCAGAAAAAAGAUUUGAUCAUGAAGAUUGGGUUAGUAUAAGAUAUGGUAGUGGUAUGGCUUGGAAACGAUGUUUUGCUGUUGUUGAACCUUCAAUUUUGAAAAAAAAAAAUUUUAUUCCCGGAAGAAUUUUAUUUUAUGAAAAUGAACAGAAAAAAAAGAAACAAUUAAUGGCAGUGGUAACUAAUGCUACUGCAGUUGCUGCUAUAUAUCCUCAAUCUCAUUUAUUAAUUGAUCAUUCAACAAUGUUAAAAAUGGAAGGUUAUAUUAAUUUUACUUCACCAAGUUUAUCUACUAAAAUUUCUAAAAAAAAUGCUAAUGAUUUUAAACAUACAUCACUUUUUUUAAUGCCAGAACAACAUUCUUCUGUACCAGGAUUUGAUACUUUAAUUAGAUUUUUGAUACCAUUAUUAGAUUCUUUUGGAUUAUAUGGAAGACCAAAAAGACUUAAAGCAAAUAGAAAUGAUAUUGAUUCAUUAUUAUUUGGAUUACCAACUUUACCUCAUGUACAUUAUUUAGAAUUAAAUGAUAUUUUGGAUUUAACUAAAGGGGAUUUUUUAAAUUGGGAUUUGAAAACUUGGACCGAUAAUAUUAAAAAUAUUUUAAAAUCUAAAAUUGAUAGAGGUUAUGAAGGUUGUGGAAGUCAAAGAGGAAUUAAGGGAGCAGUUACAUCAUUAAGUAGUCCAGUGACUUCAACUGGUUCACCAAGAUUUGCUAGUGGUGGGGGUGGUCAAGGAUUUUCUUCAAGACUGACUUCAUCAACUUCUUCUCAACCUAAACUACAUCAACAAAGGAAACCAGUACCAGUACCACAACCACAACCACAACCACCAUCAUCAUCAUUACCAGGACCAGAAUUGAAACCUAUAGGUAAAAGUUUUGAUAAAAAUAUUAAUGAUUUACAUAUUGGUGUGUCAUCCAAUGAUAAUUUACUUUCUGUUGAUAAACUGAAAGAUAAUCAUAAAUCAGUACAAUUGGCAGAAAUUUAUCAAAAAUAUUCUGAUUUGAAAACUCCAAGUGAUAAUUAUACUGAUAGAAAUAUUUUAUUAAAUGGAUCUCAUGAACAUCUUAUUGAAGAUGAAUUACCUGCUGGUAUACAACAAAUGAAAUUACAUGACAAUAUUUAUCCUAAAGAUGAUGAUGGAUUGUUUAGUGAUGAUGAUGAUGAUGAUGAUGAAUUGGGUACUAUUGAUGUCAGAAAAAUUGGUAUGAAUAAUAAUGGAUCUGGAUCUGGAUCUGGAUCUGGAUCUGGGUCUAAUCCAUCUUUAGAUCCAGCAUUAGGAUUAAGUGGAGCAUUAAAAGUUCCUUAUUCAGAUGAUAGAUCUGGUAGUUAUUCUUCAGUUAUUUCACCAAUGUCUCAAUUUAAUAAUCUUAAAGAAAGUUAUCAAAAUGUUGAUCAUAGAGCUCCAUAUCCAAACAAUAGUGAUAAUGAAAUUGAUGAUGAUGAUUCUCCUCCACCUCCAGUACCAACUCAUGAUUUGAAAUAUCUGGCAGGAGGUUUAGGUUUAGGUUCAGGUUCAGGUUCAGGUUUAGGUUUACAAGGGAAAUUGAAAAGAUCUAAUGAUGAUAAUUUAAAUGGAUUAUCAUCAAAUGAUUCAAUUUCAAUUUCUCAAAAUCAAUUAAAAUCAAAAUAUAUUUCAUCUCCAAAUUCUACUUCACAAAAUCAUAUUUAUAAAAUAAUCCAUUCACCAGAUAAAAAAUCACCAUUGAGUAAAAAUAAUGUUCAAUAUCCAAUUUCUCCAGAACGUUUAUCAAAUAUUCAAAAAUCAUCAGAUAAUUUGGUUGAUGUUAUAAAAUUACCAGUUUUACCUGCUAUAAAUAAAGUUCCUCCACAAGAAGAACAACAACAACAACAACAACAACAACGACAACCACAGAAGUAUCCACAACCACAACAACAACAACAACAAUCAAGUCAACAACAACAACAACAAUUAUAUUCUCCACAGCAUGUGCAACAACAGAAAUAUCAUCAACAACAACAACAAUACUAUCAACAACAGAAAUUGCAGCAACAGCAACAACAAAGACCUUUACAACAACAAUAUUAUCAAAAACAGCCACAACCACAACCACAACAACAACCACAACCACAACAUCAACAUCAACAUCAACAACCACAUAGAGUACCACCUCCUCAACAACAAUCUCAACAACAACUAUCACAAGCUUAUAGGGCUGCUCCACCACCUCAACAACAACAACAACAACCACAACCACAACCACAACUUUAUGGACGUUCUCAACAACAAGGUUUCCCCAGAGAAACAACUAAUGGACAUCCACAAGGGUCAGGAUAUAUGCAAAAUCGUGGGGUUAUUCCUAGAAAUAAUGGACAACCAUCUGGAUCACAACCCCAGAAUAAUGUCAGAGGAUUUGGUAGUGGCCAUCCACAACAACAACAACAAUAUCAAUAUUCAUAUUUACCACUGGGAGCUUCAGUUCCACCAAAACCACAAGCACAACAGCAAGCACAACAGCAAGGGCAACAACAACAGCCGCAUAGGGGUCAUCAUCCUUAUGGUGUACAAUAUAAUAGUCAACAAUAUCCAAAUAGUCAAACUAGGUAUUAUUAA